UGAACUCUCAAGAUGGCCGAGUCAUUUGAUAGAUACACAGAAGACCACGGGGCUGACUGUUUUAAAGAGACGUUACAGUGGGGCACAGGAGGCGCUAUCGCUGGCGCUCUAUGGGGCACUGCAGAAGCCGCUUUUAUGGAGCCAGUCAAAACCGCUAUGCCACUUAUCGUGCCCGCAUUGGGCAUAGUAGCGAAGAACACCGUCUUUUAUGCGUCUGUUGCGGGUGUUUUCGGGGCAACGUCAUGUGCUGUGUCUGGUCUGAGAGACAAGGACGACUACGUUGGACGUGGUAUAGCGGGAUGUGCAGCAGGCUUAGCAUUUGGUCUGAAAUCGGGUAGGUGGUCUGUAGCGUGUGGAAUGUGCGCCGGUUUGGGUCUUAUAGCGGCAGUUCAGAAGCACACUGGCGUAUCGUUUAUUCCAACGAGGUCAAAGCAAAGCAAAGAAUAUCCAUAGUGUAUGUAGAUACAUAGUGUGCAUUUCUUGUCUUGUAUGUAUUUGUGUACACUGUACAAUCCUAUUCGUGUAAUUUGUGGAAUAUACGUACAAUAUACUGAAUAGAUGUAACUACAAAGGAACGAA